GUCUCAAUAUUGUCGAUUGAACAGCCUUUGUCGACAUGACCAUGACCCGAGCUGCGAGUUCGACACCCCAGUUUACCUAUCAUCAGUGGCCAGAUGGGACCGCUCCUGUACUCCAGUUCAAGGCGCGACCUCCGUCGACGACGCCUCUCGCGCGCCAAUUGAGUCCGCACUACGAUAUGCCCUCUCCCGGCCUCCCAACAUCCACUGAGGCCUCGCUCAAGCACCAUGCUGGAAUGGCUCCACGGCCGUUCGUCUGGGAUUCCGUCAACCAGGACUACUUCUGCUACGAUCCCGAGACCACCUGCUACGUCUACGCCAAGUUAGGUCGUGUCCAUUAUGAUUCCGUCAUGAAAGAGCACUACCGUCCAGAUGCGCCACAACCCCUGGUCUAUGCGACGACAUUCCCCGAGUAUCGAGUCUAUCAGUCUGGCGAAAUCUUCUUCUGGGAUCCGCGUCGUCAAGAAUGGUAUCAAUACGACAUGCACCACCGGCGAGUGUUGUGGCGUGAUCAGAGAUGGUGGCCAUUUCCACGAAAGUUUGAGCCUCCUUGUCUGAGUUGUCCACCGCAGUGUGAGAGGACCUUGAUGCCUCCGAACACAGCAGGCCGGUCAAAGUCGCCUGUCUGCCACACGCUGCCAGCCGACGCGCACAAUGAUUGUGCCAAGUCAGAAGGACCGCGAAUUGUUGAGGUCAGCCCCUGUGAUGCAUCAACGGUGGAAACAGAUCUAUGUGGUCGCAGUCUACCGGAUGUACUCGAGAAACACGAAGUCAAGGCUGAGCGUCGGCGGCCCAAGAAAGAGGUUGUUGAAAAGGAGGUGUGGGUCGUCUCCGAUGACGAUGAUGUUGUAUAUGAAGUCCCGCUUCGCGAUCGAGGUCACAAGAAGCAUCGCGCACGUAGGGGCGGGAUGUACGACCUGCAGGAUUUGGUCGACAAGACUGUGCGGAGAAAGAAACGAUACUCGUGGUUCUAAAAUGCUGCCAGUAACGACCCUAAUAAUCGCGACCUCGCCUGAUGCGAAUUGUAUCAGGUUGCUGGUGGGAAGCAAGAAACAGUCAUACCAGAGCCAAGCCCUUUUUCACUCAUAUUUAGGUAUGCCACGAUUGGACCAAUUUUUCGAUUCGUGAACCAUGGUUCCAAAAAAGUGAGGACUUGGAAAAAUGGGAACCUUUAAUGGAAUAUACACCACUUCAUGUCUGUCUCUAAAGUAUCUCUUUAGGUAUGCUACGAUUGGACCAAUUCUCCGAUUCGUGAACCAUGGUUCCAAAAAAGUGAGGACCUGGAAGUUCCCAAAAAAGUGAGGACUUCGAAAAUGGGAACCUCUAAUGGAAUAUAUACCACUUCAUGCCUGUCUCCAAAUCACCUCUCACCACACCAAACACCUCCAGACAUUACGUCCCCAGUUUUGUAACUCGGAGCUCGAAAUCUCGAUCACGUUGACAGCACCACACCGCACCACACCGCACCGCGUCACACAUUUACACACUUGACAACAUGGCCCAACCCAGGACCACGUGGGAAUUGAACCCAGAAGCUACUCGCUUCACGUGGUGGAACCCAGAAGCCACUCCCUUCACGUGGUGGAACCCAGAAGCCACUCCCUUCGAACCACACUUCCCACACAUAUCCGAGUACCCCACGCCAGAGGAGAUCCUUUCCUUGCAGCAACUGGCAUACUCACCCAUCUCCGAAGCCACGACGCCGAGAAGCACCUCCAACAAUACGCCUGUCCAGAACGUCGCCACGCCACGCCAACACCCAGUGCACUGGCUCGACGAAGAACUCGCUCGCUGGGGUGAUGCAUACUCCGAGAUUGGCGACGAUGACCACGCCGCCAACAACACUCCUCCUACUCCUCCUCCUUCCCCACAACGACAACAACAACUACGACAACAACCACCACCACAACCACCACAACCACAACAACAACUCCUCCGAGA